AUCCCUGGAUUCUCCAAGCACUGACUGCCCAUCCACUCUGACCACAGCCAGGGGCCACAUCCCACUGCAUGCCCAGCAUCCAUCCAUGGAGGUGACCACCGUGUCCCCAUCUCCUGCCUCACCCACUGAAGGAGAUGAUCUGUGUGAGACCGAUGUCACCAGUGUGGCCAUACACAGUGUGACACUGCUCAUCUGCCUCUGUGGGCUGGCUGGGAAUGGGGCUGUGCUCUGGCUCCUUGGCUCCCGCUGUUUGUCCAGGAACAGCACCAUCAUUUACAUCCUCAUGCUGACUCUUCUGGACUUCCUCUUCCUCCUCAUUCUGUUGCCCUCCCCUCUGCUCUUCCUGCUGGGCAAUGUGUCCUGCUCUAUCAUCAUGCCCUUGCAGUAUGUGUGGUUUCUUUUCAGGGCGCCACUGGUGUCACACACCUUUUGUCUGUACACACUGACAUGCAUCAGCAUCCUGUGGUGCCGCUCCAUCCGCUGCCCGCUCUGGCUCUGCUGCCACCGUCCCCAACACCUGUCAUGGGUGGUGCUUGCCCUGCUCAUAACUUUCAUCACUGUCUUUGCCACCAUGAUUUCUCUGUGUUUUGUCCAGCUAUCUGAGCAAUGCUGGGUGUCUCUCGUCUCUGUGCAUGCCUUCAACCUUCUCCUCUGUGUUCCCGUCGUGCUCAUUUCCAGCACAAUCUUCUUCAUUAAGGUCAAGCCUGGCUCCCAUCAGCAGCAACCCAAGAGACUCAACAUUGUCAUCUGCCUCAUUGUGCUCUUCACUCUGCCCCUCAGCCUCUGGAAUUUACUGCAGUACCUCGGCUACACCAUUGUGUCCUCUCAGGUUGUUUUCCUGCUCGCCUGCAUCCACAGCACCAUCAAACCCUUCAUCUACUUCCUGGUGGGGAGGUGCUGGAGGCCCUGCUCUGUGGGGUCCUUCCGGCUCUCCCUCCAGAGGGUCUUUGAGGAGACAGACACUGCCCACAGCCAUGAUCCUGCCAUGGACACAGUGCUCUGA